AUGGAUCAUCACACCUCAGGCCAACACAGUCAACCCGGGCACAGCUCCAGCUUUCAGUGGCUUUCUUUUGCCUACCAGGACCUGACAGAAAUCCCCUAUGAAUCCAUCCUAACGCAAACAGAGACACUGGAGGUGCUGGACCUGAGUAACAAUCUGCUGAAUGAGAACCCGGCUCUGCUGGGUCAGCUGGAGAAGCUCAGCACUCUGAUCCUGGACUGCAACAACUACACAUCUCACAUCAAGUUCCCCUACAUGCUGAGUGUCACCACAGUGUGUAUCAACAAGAACAAGAUCAACAAUCUGCCUGUGUUUGUGGAGGAAGUCAGACGAAAGUUCCCCAACAUAAAGAUCCUCAGUAUGAUGAACAAUGAGGCAGCACCAAGCUAUUUCAAUGGAGGGAGUCUGACCCAGUACAAAGACUACAGACAGUAUGUCAUCAGUCAGCUCCCUGGCCUGGAGAUUCUGGAUGACACUGAGGUCCUGGAGAAAGAGAGAAUCCAAGCUAGAAAAACCUACAGGCUGCAGCAGAGCAGUCACAGCAGCAGGAAGAGGAAGGAGGAUUCAUCAAAGAAACACACACACAUGCAAAAAAAGACAAAUACUGUUAUAAGCCAAUAGAAUAUGCUAUAUUUAAAAUCCUUCCUUCAAAAUCACCCCUUUAAUGUUACACUGCCAACAUUAUGAUACACAUUGUAUGUUCCAUGUCUGCUUGUUUGAGCAUAUAUUUGAAGCUACAGGAUACUUACUCUGAAUUUGAUAUUCAAAUCCAAACACCAUACUUUAGCUUCACUAUCAAAUUAAAACUGGAAAUAUUUUACAUCUGUCUUGUGCUUUAUUUUCUACACACACACACACACACACACACACACACACACACACACACACACGCACACGAACAC